GUAAAUAAGCAUUUCACGGUAAGUUGUAUUGGGCACAUGUGACAAAUAACAUUCGAUUUGAUUUGAUUUGUGACUGUGAAUCUGACUUUGUUGCUGUGUUAUCUUGUGGAAACCAGACAGUGGGGGCGGGCUGCCGUCGGGUUUGUUUACAUUGCUCAUAACGCGCCAUGCGAUUCUUGGCUACGUGAUGACGUAAACUGAAAGAAAUCCGGUGGAACUCGGAAGAGAGCUGACUGUUGUAUUCUAAAUCAAAAGAUCAAAAUGAAAUCAAAGAUCUAGAACCCUGGCUGCCAUGGAGUCCGAGGGUAACGUGCUGCGCGUGGACUUCCCAAACUUCUCCGGAUCCCUGCUUCAGAAGCUCAACCAGCAACGGCAGAGGGGCCAGCUUUGUGACAUCAUCGUGGUCAUCCAGGGCCACCAGUACCGCGCUCACCGGGCUGUCCUGGCCGCCAGUUCGCCCUACUUCUGCGACCAGGUCCUCCUCAAAAACAGUGCCCGCUGUGUUUUACCCGACGUCAUGCACCCAUGUGUGUUCGAACGCCUCCUCCUCUCUUGCUACACAGGCACCCUGCACCUACCGGCCGGCGAAGUGGUAGCCUUCCUCACUGCAGCAAGCUUCCUCCAGAUGUGGCACGUGGUGGACAAGUGCACUGAGCUGUUAGAGGUGGUAGGAAGCGGCGCAAGAACAUUAGCGCACAAGUCUUCUGGUGGGCUUGGGGACAGGCCUUCCCCUGGGGACAGCAGCUACCACAGCCCUGGGGAUGGCUCCAUGGGCCUGGAGGCCGGCGGAGUAGCAGUGGAGGGCUUUGCCAAGAUGGAAAUGGAUCAGCUCCUGGAGAACAGCUUCUCCCCAUCCUCUCUGGAGAACAACAGCACCCAGCCCGGCGGCAGCUGCUCUCCGCCGGUCGACCACGACGGCUCAGGUAGCGAGGCCACCAGCCAGGACGGGGAUGACGAGGAGGUUGGUGAGGGGGACUACCAGUACUCCAGACCAGCCUACGUCCCACCCAGCAUCAUGGGCCACAGAAAAUGGGUCCAUGUGAAGUCAGAGAGGCGUGAGGAUUGCGGGGGCGGCGGGGCUCUGUUUAGCGGGGACCCUGCGGUUACUGACCCCGAGCAGAUGAACUUUAGCCACUCCCAGGCCUCGCCCAGCAAGAGCUCCCUGGGCCACAGCAUCGACGAGAAGCUGGCAGCUCAGCUGGAGGAUCGCCUGGAGGAGGACCCGCUGGACUUUUAUGGCACCUCCAUGGAGGGCUUCUCAGCCGACAAGGCCGAAGGGACCCCGCUUGGGCUGAAGAACGACCUGCUAGGAGGGGCAACCGGUCGUGAGGAGAGUGGCGGUGGUUUGGAAGGAAACCCCAGUGGCCUCCAGGAAGAGACCUCCCACUCGGGCUUUGCCUCAGUGGUCUACAAAUUGUACCCCUGCCAGUGUGGCAAGAGCUUCACCCACAAGAGCCAACGGGACCGGCACAUGAGCAUGCACCUUGGCUUGCGGCCAUACGGCUGCGCCGUGUGCGGCAAGAGCUUCAAGAUGAAGCACCACCUGGUGGGCCACAUGAAGAUUCACACGGGUGUAAAGCCCUAUGAGUGUAGCCUGUGUGCCAAGCGCUUCAUGUGGCGGGACAGCUUCAACAGACACACGUCCUCCUGCACCAGGGCCCACCAGGCCCGGCCUGCCGUCAACGAGCAGGCUGCCCAGAUCUGCUGACCCCAGAUCAGAUUUCCAACUACAGUUCACCUCGUCAUCUCCCACAGUCCCGUAUCAGUUUCACUGAGCAGGCUGCCCAGAUCUGCUGACCCCAGAUCAGAUUUCCAACUACAGUUCACCUCAUCAUCUCCCACAGUCCCGUAUCAGUUUCACUGAGCAGGCUGCCCAGAUCUGCUGACCCCAGAUCAGAUUUCCAACUACAGUUCACCUCGUCAUCUCCCACAGUCCCGUAUCAGUUUCACUGAGCAGGCUGCCCAGAUUUGCUGAUCCUGGAUCAAAUUAACACACAGUUGCUUGGAUGCCCACCCUCCAAUCAGUUUAGGUGGAUAUAGGGUUAAUCCACCCCUUUGAUUUGAACAUAACCUUCCAUACAUAUUUGCCCAUUGUAGAAGUGCUCAGAAACAGAUUUUUCUUUUACCUGAAUGCCAACAUGUUCAAGAGAUAAAGGUGCUCAACGUUUACCCAUUUUUCAUACCCCACCAUACUAUAAGACAUCCAUGUCUUCAUCACUGGAAAAGAUAAACGGAUUAGAUGUAUAUAAUUUGAAAAGCUUACAAACAGGGUUGUCAAACUAUUUUAUAUAUUUUGUCCUUUAACGUAAAUUAUCUAAAAACGUGGAAGCUCCUUUUUUUACAUCCUUUAACGUGUUUGUGUUGUGCCUGCCAUCGGUUGAGACACAACAUGCUCUUGAAUACAGGGUGGGUAUAAUGGUUUGGCUAAUAAAUGUAGUAAAAUGAGAAUAACAUUUACAUUUCAAGUGGAACCACAAAGAUGGUUGGAGGUCCAGACAUCAGAGAAUGUUGACUUGAAUGGGAAUAUCUGUUGUUUUAAAUUAUACUGUCAAUCCUCCAUAGGAAACCUAUUGAAAUUAUAGGAAUUAAAAUUUUUCCAUUUGUCAUUUAGCAGAUGCUCUUAUCCAGAGCGACUUACAGUAGUGAGUGCACACAUUUUAUUUAUUUGUUUCAUUUAAAAAUAAAAAUACUUGUCGCUCGUGGGACUCAAAACCACAAUCUUGAUGAAGCAUAGAUAAUAUAGAUAAUAGAAUAGACAUGACCAUUUAAGUUUACAUUUAAUGGUGGGUUGACCGGUGGUCACCUUUGUGGUAGACUGGUAGUAGUUAGAAGUUAACAUUUUUAUUAAAUUAUCAUUUCAGUGGUGUACCUGGAGGAUAUUCAGUAGUGAGUUGCCUAGUUAAAUAAAGGUUAAAUAUGUUUUAUUUCUUUUUUAAACCCAGCUAAAUUGCAGUGGUCUGAAGGGAUAGGUCCAUUAAAUUUCUAUGAUUGAAAUGAUACCCACCUUGUAUUCUAGAGCAAGUUGUGUCUCAACUGUUGGUGGGCAAAACACAAAAGCCUCAGAUUAAAUAGGGCCUAAGCUAAAUAUGCAAAUAUGAAGAAAAAAAAUCAGAGUUUACACAUUUUUAGAUAAUUGAAGUUAAAGGUUUAAAGAAAAAUGUACAUUUUUAUUCUUUGACACGUACCAACAAACGGGUGUGAUCCCUGCAGUGUACGCUCAAACCAGUGUGAUAAGAACGCUUAUUUAGAAUGUCCAGUUUCGAUUGAUGCAACAGUCAGUGUUUGAGCUGGCCACACACUUUUUUCACAGAAAAUUUUAGCACAAACACAGUCCUUACAGAGUUAUGUCCUGAAUGUGACCAGUUUAUUUUUGGAUGCAAUGUUCAGACAUUCACAGAAGUAGCGACAGCAUAACACAAUCAUCCAAAUGGAAAAUGUAGGCUACAUUAGUAUUAGCACUAACUGAGGAAAGAUUGACGUAACACAAGCGGUCAUAUUACUAUUUACAAUUCAUCACAUCACGGUGAGCUUACCAUUGAUUGAAAUAAUUGAGUAAAAUACUUUCAAAAAAUCUAAAGUAUUUUGACGAUGUGUAGUUUGUACGCGCCACUAUGUUAGUUUUCUGCGUCAACCAAAGAUAAGAAGAGGAGACAAGAUGAGUUUGGUCUGUUUGCAAUAUGCAUGAUGAAGGGGGUGUGUCGUCUGCGAUCAUUCACUUUCGGAAGAUUACUCGAAAGAUGAGUGAACCAUUCCUUCACCUCAUUAUAACAUCUUUGGUCUAACAGCCAUUUCUGUGACACCCAGAAUGCAUUGUGAAAUUUCAACAAACAUGGAGCCAUACAUAGCUGGAAAAUAUCUCAGCAUUAGCUCAUCAUAAUCAGUACAAUCUUCAAAAUAGUAUUUUACAUCAUAGGUGUCCAUUAAAAUUACAAUCUAUGCAAUAAUCGGAAUGCAUUAUUUGUCACCGGAACUAGAAACCUGAAUAAAACAGUAAUUACGUUAUGCUCCAUACAUACUUUAUGCUACAGUAGAAACUACAACAUGAUAUACAGAAAAUAAGGCAUGCACUUUGAUAGGAACACACAAGUCCAAAGUUAUUAUUUGUAAAGAAAACAACAAUGAAGGCAAUGUGAGCGCCAGACAGAAAAUGUGCCAUGGGGAAAAAGUUUGUGCAAGACUGCACAAAUGUCUGCAUACUUGAUCUGCAGAAACACUGGGGAAGUGCUUGGCUUGGGCUCUCCUCGAAGAGAGAAGUUUGUCCGGUUCAGUAAAGUCUCAAACAUAAAUUGUCCACAACAGUGAAAUGGGCUACGUCUAUGUGAAUUAAUGAGGAGA